GUUCGAAUCAGUCAAAGCAAUUAGAUUAUUUGUCGAACAAUUAAACAUGAUUGGUUCUUAUCUGUGGAUCAAUUGUUUUGAACAUGUUCUAUAAUUCGGCCAAUAGAAUAACUUUAAUUUUAUUUGCUCUGUCUCGAUUGGUUCAUUUCUAACCAAUUAAUAAAUCUUCUAUCUACGUAUUUCAAUACAGGCUUUAAGUUACUGUGACGGUUAAUCGUGAUGUAAAAAGACUGUUUUUACAUGAUGGACUCUUUUUUGUGGUUGUAACCUUAGAAUGUUUGUUUACUGUUGUGAUUUGAUACAUCGGAAGAAACUAUCGGUAAAAACUACUUAUUCAGAGCUCUUCAUCUGGGAGCGCGUAAAAAAAAAUAAAAUAUUGUUGUGAUUCAUUGCAGUUGGUUAAAAACAAGAUUUGUAAACUGAAACCAUUUAUCUUCCUUCACAUAAAGAGAAUUCUCCACGCAAAGUUUUAUUGUGGAAGACAUGUAACUAAUAUCCGUUCUUUCCUAUAUACUUGCUAUCAAUGACACGAAUGUGUAACAUGCUGAAUUCUUGUGAUAAAUUGGUGACGUAUACGCGCAAUAACUCUUUAUCUUAUUCAUCCUAUUUCAUAGAACAAAUGAAAAUGAUUAUUAAUAUUAUAAUACAUCGAAGAACAUUAUAACACAUAUAUGUACAUAUAUAUAUAUUGUGUAUAAUUGUGAACUGGACUGUAAAUAAAACUGGUGGUUGGAAAAAUCAUUUGAAUCUUCAGCAUAGCAAAUGCAACAGAGGUAAUUUUUUUGUCAUGUUACAUGCAAGACAAGUAUCAGGAUAUUAAAAUAAAAAGAAAUUUUAUAUUGACUUUCUUGAUGAGAUGAGCAACAGAAGAAAGGUUGUGGAAGGCAAUAGUAGUGAGCAGGGAUUCAAGAGAGGAUUGGAAGCAGAUAAAAUCCUUGGCUCAGCAGAUGACAAUGGAGAGCUGAUGUAUUUGAUGCAGUGGAAAGGAACAGAUGCGGUUGACAUGGUAUCUGCUAAAGAAGCUAAUGCUAAGUGUCCUCAAAUAGUUAUUCGAUUUUAUGAGGAUAGAAUAACCUGGAAUAAAGCGAAAGCAAAGGUAUAAGGUAAAUUCGCUUCCUUGAAGAAGCUACAUUUAAAUUUUUUGACUUAUAAUAAAUUUACAUUGAUAUAAUAAUGACAUAAAUGUACAAUAGAUUUUAAAAGAAAACUUUAAUUGUAAUAAUGAAAUGUAAUAAACGUUUUGCUAUUCUUUUUUUU